AUGCAGCGCCUUGCCUUCCGGGCCCCGGCAACAGCCCGCGCCAUGCCGUGUGCGGCGUUUCGGGCACCUGCUCAGCGCCGUGUUGUGCGUGCGCGUGCGGCGGCGGAUGACGAGCUCCCCAACGUGUCCGAGGCCCGCGAGUGGGUGACGCGCUGGCAGGCACGCCAGGCCGGUGAGGACAGCGCGGCCACAGCCGCCAGCACCGCGGACGCGCCUGCCGCCCCCGCGCCCGCUGCUGCUGCAGCACCGGCCGCUGCCGCCGCUCCCGCUGCUGCUGCGCCAGCCGACGACGGCGCCAGCAAGCUGCAGGCGUGCAAGUCGUUCGAGGAUGGCACUUUGCUGUUCACUGCCGAUCGUCUCAAGUCUAUCAACUUUGACGAUGUCAAGCUGUGA